AUGCAAAACAUAAAUCCAAACACUAAAUCCCAGCUCCAAAGAGCUAGAACUCCAAUAAUGACUUGUCCAAGACUUGCUCCAGCACCUCCAGUUCCAUCUAUGAUCCCUGUUACUGUUGCCAAAGCUUCUUCAUUCUUAAUUUGCUCAUUUUUGCCUAAAUCUGUCGAAAUAACCCCAGCAAUUAAUAUAUCUGCUCCCCCAAUAAAAAUCCCAAGUAAUAUGUUUAUAAAGAAAAACAUCCACCAGAGCCCAGGAGUCAUAAGGUGAACAAUACCUAACGUUGGAAGUGCUAAAAACAAUAGAAUGCUUACAAAAGGUGCCCUAAUUCCAAGUUUAUCAGUAACCCAUCCCAUUCCAAACCCUCCUAUAAGUGCUCCUAAAUCAUAG